CUCGAUCAUAGUAAUUUCCAUUGUCACUUCCGGAGCUCUUUUACUAGGUACAUAUGCAGAUAACAUCUGCCCAUAUUUGAGUCCGUCCCCUUAAUACGACACGAAUUGAACCUAUGAAUCGCAUAUAAUCAGGCGUAGCGACAGUCACACGUCCUCCAGAACGGCUGUAUAGAUGUCUUCCAAAAUGAGAUUCAGAACCCAGCAACAUGUUGACCGUCAGGCAUUGGAACAUACGAACUUAAGCAAUAACAAAAACGUGCCAUGGUGGGAAGAUAGGGGCCUUCGGAAACUUAAUUCCAUGUUAUUCUUUCUCAUGUUCAGCGAGUUUACGCAGGGCUAUGAUGCGUCGUUGAUCAAUAAUGUGCAACAGUUGACGGUUUGGCAGCGAGAGUUUCAUCAUCCACACGGUAACAUUCUCGGUGCCAUGAGCGCUGCAUAUUGGAUAGGAAACAUUAUCGGGGUCGUAUUUAUUUCCAGCGUAUCAGAUCGAUUCGGUCGACGGUGGUGUCUUAUGCUAGGAUCUAUUUUAUGCCUUGCCGGUACUGGUCUCGCUACAGGGGCCUCGGAAGCUGGAAUGUUCAUUGCAGGAAGAUUGCUGCUGGGAAUCGGGGGUGUCAUUACAGGAGCAAUUGGACCGAUGUGGAUGGGAGAACUAGCAUAUCCAGCACAUCGGGCUACGGCCACGUCCAUGUCCAAUACGACUUAUAGUGCUGGAUCGAUUUUGUCUGCGUGGGUUACAUUUGGGUCUUUCCAUAUGGCAAGUUCAUGGGCGUGGCGCCUACCGACUAUCUUCCAAGCUUUACCAUCCAUCCUGCAAGCAAUUGGAUCCAUUGUUUUGCCAGAGUCGCCCCGUUGGCUUAUCAGUAAAGGCCAUGAAGAAAGAGCUCUUGAUAUCCUCACCGAGUACCACGGGAACGGAAACAGUGACGACCCCGUCGUCCGGUGCGAAUUCAGAGAGAUACGUGAUACUAUCGAACUGGAAAUUGCCGCAAGGAAGACCUCCUGGAAAACCCUUAUCAGCACCAGAGGGAAUCUACGGCGAUCAUUCAUCUUAGUCUGGUGCGGCGUCUGCAAACAAUGGUCCGGAAAUGGCCUAAUUAGCUACUACCUUAGCAGCAUGCUCAAAUCCGCCGGCAUAACCAAGGAGAUCCAAACUACCCUGAUCACCGCUACAAGCGCCAUGUUCAGCUUCGCCAGUUCCGUAGCGUUCGCAUUUCUCCCCGGUCGAGUCGGUCGACGACCGCUUAUGCUAUGGUCAAUGGCUCUCAUGUGGCUAGUCUUUUCGCUCAUCACGGCCUGUACGGGAGUAUAUGUUGAAACAGGUAGUAAAUCGGCCUCAUACGCAACGGUUGCUUUCAUUUAUUUAUACAAUGCGGCACAUAAUCUCGGUUGGACGGGUGCUAUGAUGUUAUAUGUUGUUGAAAUCCUCCCCUUCGCCAUCCGCGCCAAAGGCCUCGCACUUUUCUGGCUAGUCACCGGCGCAACGGGUGCAUUCAACACCUACGUUAACCCUCUCGGCAUCGACGCUUUCGCGUGGAAGUACUACUUUUUCUAUGUCGGGUGGAUUAUCAUACAGUUUAUUAUUGUGUACUUGUUUUUUAUAGAGACCAAAGGUCCAAGUCUGGAACAGAUUGCGCUUCUAUUCGAUGGAAAAGACGCCAUCGUUGCGCAUGUCAAUCCCGUAGCGAAAGAAUUCUUGGAGACGAAAGCUGAGAGUAAAGAUGGGUUGCAGACAGUGCAGGUUGAGAGAGUUGGAUAAGGUAUUCGUCGGUGCAUAAAGACGCUUACAGGUGACCUGUGAUAUCAUAGGUCUGCAGCAGAUUGGCAGAUUAUCUUGAUUAUUUUAGUCAUAGUAGGACCUAAAGAAAGGUAUCUCUUAGAAAAUAUGACCG